CUCAAAAUGGCUUCGAAGAAGAAACGUGUUGUGCAACUUGAAGAAAAAAUGCAAGCCGACGAAGUCGUUGCCGAUGAUGAAGAAGCAUCAAGUGGCAUGGAUGAUGAUGACAGUAGUGAUUGUGAAGUUAAUGAAGAAAUUCAAGUAGAAUUUGAAGCUAGAACGAUUGAAGACAGUGAUUUUCAUGGUACUAGAGCAUUGCUACAGCAGCUGUUUUUAAAAGCAAAGAUAGAUUUAUCUGAGAUGGCCAACACAAUUAUAUCACAGAACUAUAUAGGAAGUGUUAUAAAGCAAAUAGAUAUUCCAGACAGUGAUGAAGAAGAUGAUGAUAUGGGAGAAGGUGACCCAGUUCUUGGUUUAAUUACAGUUAUCAACAUCACUGAAAAACAGAAUGUCGAGUGUGUUAAACAGUUCAGGUCAAUGUUAAUGGAGAAGUGUCAAGCAUGUUCACAACAACAAAAAGAGAGGUUAUCACAGAUAUUGACAGAUGCAGAGCAACAAGUAGGAUAUCUGAUAUCAGAGAGAUAUAUCAACAUACCACCACAGAUAUCUGUCCCUAUGUAUGAAUCUUUAUUCAAAGAAAUGGAGAAAUGUACAAGAAAGAAAAUGAAAUAUGAUUUUGGACACUAUAUAUUAAUAUCAAAGUGUUACAGACUUAAGGGUUCAGAUCAGAUGUUUUAUACUAACGCUGAGGAGGAGUUCUUAUCAAAGGAAUGUGAAUUUUCCUUCACAUACUCUGUUGCAUCAGAGCGGGAUACUGUGGUGGAUGGGAAGUGGGAUGCUGAGGAUCAGAUGGAGGCUAUGAGAACUGUGCUUGUGAUACCAAGAGAAAAUCUCCAAACAGCUGUGGCUAACAUUAAAACAGCUUUAGCUGCUACUUAAAAAUAAAUUUUAUCUUUGUCUUAAAUGCAUAUUUUAUUGACAAUUUUAAGGAUGCUUUCUGCUGACAUUUUCAUUUUCCUCUGUGUUUUGUAAGCCCUGCGGCCUUUCUUAGGAUGUAAUGCAUUUAGAUAUUUGGUCCACAACCCCAUAUUUGUCAAUACUGAGGAUUCAUCAUUAUUAGUGGGAUACAAAAAUGGCAAAUAUGACCACCUUGGCCUAUUCUAAUUUCUGAUUUGCUGGACUUUGAAAGUUUUCUUCUCAAGAACCAUUGAAUUACUAAAACCAGACUUCAAUGAUAUUUUGUUUGAAAGUCCUAUACCAAUGUUAUUUUUGUCAAGCAAUUAUAAAAAAAAAUGACUUUUAGCAGUGGUCAAAGUUUACAUUGAAACCCUAUAUGAAAAUAUAUUUAUUUAUAUUUUCAAGAACAAAUGAAGUGCAAUGAAACAAAACCAUACAUGAAUGUUCUUUAGAGGGUACUAACUAAGCGUUGUUACUUUUGUUCUGAUGAAAAGUUUAUUGUGGGUCCAAGGGUUUCUAUACAUAUUGUUAUUGUAAAAAGUCAUUCCAAAGGUGAGAGGAAGUAAUUCUUGAUUGCUAUAAGAAUGUCCAAACUAAGCUUUCAUAUAAUUUUCUUUUAAAAGUCUUCUAUAUUCAUAAGAAUAGGACAUAAGUUUGAAUUAAAACAUGUUAUAUACAGUAACAUACAUGUAUAUGUGAAAUUACAAUAUACUGUUACUAAAAUUCCAUUGGAGAUAGUCUAAAAUCAUUGAUCUUUUGGAAUAUUGAUCUUAAGAUAAUGUCUUAAUGUUGUGGACAUGAUGUAAUUCAACUUUUGCAAUUGGAUACAAAGUCGGAAUAUCAUUUUGUGACCUCAUUAACUUGUGUUUCAUUUUUCCGUUUUUAAUAUCUCUAUCUAUGUGGUACUAUAAUGUGUAUACAUUCAGCUGGAGAAUCAUCUUUGUCUAGUUUAAAUUGGUUCUGAAGUUUUACAGAUUUCUGCAUCUUAACUCUAUGCAAUAUUACAAUCAAGGAGUAUUUUAUUUCAAGAGAUUUUUAUACUGGUUUUACGAAUCUUUAAGUUUGAUGUGAAGUAACACAAGUUAAUUUGUAGUGCAAGCAAUAAUGCUUUGAUGUUAUGGUACGAGUCAUUGUCUGCGUAAACUAUGUUUAAUUACAAUACCAAUGUAUCAUUUGACCUAUCCUAAUAAACUAUUUGGCAAAAUGUUCCUUGGGCAGAAAACUUGACCUGGUUGUAAUCUUCUGGUUUGUUGCCCCGCCUAUUUCUGGAAAGGACUCCUAAACAGUGAUUUUGACUAGUUUUAAUAACAAUGUAUUCCCAACGCCAAGAUGGAGCAGGUGUAUAGUUGUGUAUCUGUCUGUCCUUUGUCAGUCAUUUUUGUUUCUGGAUGCUAACUGCAAUACUUCAGAUUGCAUCAAUACUGAGAUAUAUGGUGACAUAUAAUGAGAGGAAAAUUCUAUUGAUUUUCAGGUCACAACCUCUAAGGUCAAGUUCAUUGUUACAAAAAAUAGACUGAACUGCAUGCAGAAAACUAAAGUCGCAAUGCUAAAUCCAAUACUACCAACAACAAAAAAAUUGCGACUAUACUUGAAUACAUUGUCAAAUACAAUGAAAUGAAGAACUCUUUUGAUAUUAAGUCAUUAGUCCAAGGUCAAGGUCAAUGCUACUAACAACAGACUGGAAUUGUGCAGUAAAGUGGUAUCUGGAUUCUUAUCAAAUACUAAUUAUGGGUUGGCAACCUUACUUGGAUCAUGGUCACAUAUCAUAAGAAAAGCUUAUUGAUUUUAUGUAACCACAUCAAAGGUCAAGGUCAUAGUUAUUAAAAAAAAGAUCUAAAUUUGAGCAGAAAACUUGUUUCCAGAUGCUUAAUCAAAUACUACAUGUAUGGGAGGGCAAACUUACAUGGAUAUAGUUCUUGUGUAAUAAGAGGAAGAUCCCUACUGAUUUUUCAAGUCAUAAGGUCUAAGGUUUUAGUUAAUAAAUAUAGAUGAGUAUCUUAAAAAAAAUGGAAAAUCUAUAUCAUCAGGUCAAAUUAAGCUGUCCCCGUUUAUAUGGAGGGGUGUUGUGUACUCAAAGUACUUUAAUUUGCAUUCUUGUUAUAUACAGUUUUUUGUUGUUUUUUUUAAAUCUCUCUAAGAAGAAUGUUGCUAAAUCUGAUAUAGCCUUAAAUGGAAGAAUCGCCUUUUGCUGUUAAUAACUUAGAAAAUAUGUACGCAUUUUUUCAGAGUGUCCAUGUCUGUGUUUACAUUUAUAAAAUUUUAAUCAUCCAUGAAACUACAAGGCCAAUUUGAACACUCUUGGGAGAAAAAAUGUAAAUUCUUUAAUAAAAUGAUGAUCCUCCAGAGGAAAAAAUGAUUUGGAUUGGUCAUUUCUCUUAUUUCUUCUCUGAAACUUCAUGGCCACAUCUGAUGGAAUUUUACAGGAAUAAUGAUGGGGUGACAUAAAUGAUGUAGUGAUGAUGCCACAAAGGCACAAUAGUCCCCCUUGAACCCUAAGGGAAAUCACAUUUUUCGUUCUCAAAAUCUACUUGGAUGAACUGCCCCAAACUUGCAAGAAAUGAAGAAUGGAAGAUUUCAUAUUUCAUUUAAUCUGAAUUAGUCAAACAUUGCUAUUCUUGAUCCUGUUUACUCAUUUAGCCUAAUGAAAAUAUGAAAAACAUAAGCUGAUUUGUAACCUGUAGAGCUGCAAAUAAUGCACAGUAUAUUGGUCUCCUACAUAAAUUCUGCUUUCGUUCAAAUCAGCUGACUAACAGGGCACCUAUACAGCCAGAAGUAAUUCUUACUUCCUAUCAAUUGAAAAGUUGCUACUGAAUAUAUACACAUAGAUUUAAUAGGUGCUUUUUCGGUUGUAAAGGUGGUUGUUGACAUUGGGCUUAGUUCCAGGUGACCAAUACAGGUUCUUAAGAGCCUUGAGUUUUGAAUUAUUUGUUAUAAUGAUACCGGUUAACAUUUUUUACACUUAAGUAUGCUUUGGUUCUUUUGCUUAAUAUAUGUAAUUUAUUGAUGUUUGAUGUGAUAAAAUAAAAUAUAGGAAGUA